AUGAUAUGGCUAGUCCUUGCAACCAUCUUUGGGACGACAGCAGCCAAGCUACACCCAGCAGAUCCAAGUCAAAACAUAACAUGGCCAUACCACACAUACGAGACCGUUAAAUUCCAGCCUCCUUGGCUCAACAUAACCCACCACACCGCCCCAAGCGAAGGCUACCUCUUCUUCGCCCCUGACGGCGCGACAGAGACUCAACUCGCUCCCGUGAUCAUGGACAUGUCCGGAGAACUCAUCUGGAAUGGACCGAUGGAGCACGCUUUCAAUUUCGGCGUCUACGAGUACGGCGGCGAGCCGGUGCUGGGAUGGUGGAACGGCACGCUGUUCCCCGAGCCUGUUGGUCGAGGUAAUGGAGUGAUCUACCUCUACAACAACAAGUACGAGCAGAUUGAGAAGGUCACUCUAGAAGGUAACUUCUUAAAACUUGAGCCCGGCGCCACCUUCGUAUUCAACAUCGACGUCCACGAGCUGCUCAUCACUCCCAACGACACGAUCGUCGUCACAGCGAACAAUGUCACCCAGGCCGACUUAACUUCCGUCGGUGGCCCUACAGACGGCUGGGUAGUCGACGGGCUGGUCUACGACAUCGACAUCGCAACAAACGAGGUGCUCUUCCGCUGGAGUCCGCUCGAGCAUCUCGAUCAGAUCCCUUUCAACGCCUCGCUUUACACUCUCGGCACCGAAGGCUAUACUGGAACGAGCCAGAGCACAGCUUGGGGCUACUUCCACAUCAACGCCGCCGAGCCGUACGAAGGUGGCUACAUCAUCAGCUCCCGCUUUCUCUGCAACGCAAUUGCUAUAGAUGGGUCUGAGGGACACGUGAAGUGGCGCCUAUCUGGCCGAGAAGGCGGAGACUUCAACCUCGUGGGCAGUGAUGCGACGGCUGGAUUCUGCUAUCAGCACGAUAUCCGCACGGUCGAUGUGCGGGACUCUGGCGUAACGCUACGGAUGCACGACAAUCACAACUCACCUUUCGAAAAUGGAACGGUCCCGGCGUCGGGCAAAGUGAGUGAUGUCGACUUUGGGACGAAGGACGCACAGCUUGUUCAACGAUACUUCAACCACUCCGGGCCGAUCUUUCCUACCGCUCAAGGCAACAUGCAGCCUCUGUCCAAUGGCAAUGUCUUCGUCGGCCACGGCUGGAUUCCGGUUAUGGAGGAGUUCUCAUCUUCUGGCGAGACCCUCACAACCGUCCAGUUCGGAGCCGCAGAGUCGAGACCAGGCGGUGGGUACUUCAGCGAAGAAGCACCCACGCUGAGCUAUCGAUCCUUCAAGCAGCAGUGGGUGGGUUGUCCAGCGGCUAAACCAGACGUGGUUGCGAAGGCCUCAAAGAACGGUUCAAAGGUCUUCGUUAGCUGGAAUGGCGCCACAGAUGUUGUGGCAUGGGAGAUAUUUGCCGGGAGUUUAAAGUCGAAGAUGCACUGCGUUGCGACUGUGCGCAAGUGCGGCUUUGAAACGGAGGGUAACAUUGACGACGACACGGCUUACGUGCAGGUGAGGCCGGUCUUGAAGAAAAGCUCAUCUUGUGAUGCCCUUGAUUCGGAGAUUGUUUCUGUAUCAUAG